AUGAGUUAUAAAACCAAUUGUACGAACUCUAAUGCUAAUACAAAUACUUUGAAUAGUUCUUCAAAUUAUAACAAAAUAGAUGAUAAUUUAAUAUUAGAUGAAGAAUGGAAAAAGAAAAUUCUGGAACCUUUAAAAGAUCUAAGAUAUAAGACAGAAGAUGUAACGAAAACGAAAGGAAAUGAAUUUGAAGAUUAUUUUUUGAAGAGAGAAUUAUUAAUGGGUAUCUUUGAAAAAGGAUAUGAGAAACCAUCACCUAUACAAGAGGAAAGUAUACCUGUAGCUUUGGCUGGAAAAAAUAUUUUAGCAAGGGCAAAAAAUGGUACAGGGAAAACAGCAGCUUUUGCUAUACCCUUACUAGAGAAAUGUAAUACCCACAAAAAUUUUAUUCAAGGACUCAUUUUGGUACCCACGCGAGAACUUGCCCUACAGACCUCUGCUAUGAUUAAGGAAUUAGGAAAACACAUGAAAGUACAGUGUAUGGUAACAACCGGUGGUACGUCACUAAGAGAAGAUAUAAUGAGGUUGUAUAAUGUAGUUCAUAUUUUAUGUGGUACUCCAGGAAGAAUAUUAGACUUAGCAAAUAAGGAUGUAGCAAAUUUAUCAGGUUGUCAUAUUAUGGUUAUGGAUGAGGCAGAUAAAUUAUUAUCACCUGAAUUUCAACCUAUAGUAGAAGAACUAAUGAAAUUUUUACCAAAAGAAAAACAGAUACUUAUGUAUUCUGCUACCUUUCCUGUGACUGUAAAAGAAUUUCGAGCUAUUUAUUUAUCGGAUGCACAUGAAAUAAAUCUUAUGGAUGAAUUAACGUUAAAAGGAAUAACACAAUAUUAUGCUUUUGUUAAAGAAAGACAAAAAGUACAUUGUUUAAAUACAUUAUUUGCUAAACUUCAAAUUAAUCAAGCUAUCAUCUUCUGUAAUAGUAUUACUAGGGUAGAACUACUAGCCAAAAAAAUUACCGAACUUGGAUAUAGCUCUUUUUACAUUCAUGCAAGAAUGUCACAAACACAUCGUAAUCGUGUUUUUCAUGAUUUUAGAAAUGGAGCAUGUAGGUGUUUAGUUUCCUCAGAUCUAUUCACAAGAGGUAUUGACAUACAAUCAGUCAAUGUUGUUAUCAAUUUUGAUUUCCCAAAGAAUUCUGAAACUUAUUUACAUAGAAUAGGAAGAUCAGGAAGAUACGGACAUCUAGGAUUAGCUAUUAAUCUUAUAACUUUUGAAGAUCGUUUUAAUUUAUAUAAAAUAGAAGUAGAACUAGGAACGGAAAUACAACCAAUACCAAACGAAAUUGACCCAUCCUUAUAUACCUAA